UUCAUGACAGAACACAUUUGUUUUGGUCAGAUCCUAUUCUGAAAACUCUCAGCGUCUUCACGAUUGGCGAUACCCAUGGCCAAAUCACUCGAGAGCUCACCAGCCCAGGCGGACGGGGUGCCACGCGCGCGGGCGGUGGCCGUGGUGGGUGCGGGUGCGGCGGGGCUGGUGGCCGCGCGCGAGCUGCUCCGCGAGGGGCACGCCGUGACGGUCUUCGAGAGGUCGGACCGCGUGGGCGGCACGUGGGCCUACGACCCGCGCCCCGACGGCCCGGACCCGCUGGGCAGCGGCGGCGCCGUCCACGGCGGCAGCAGCAUGUACGCGUCGCUCCGCACCAACCUGCCGCGGGAGCUCAUGGGCUUCUCCGGCCACGAGAGCCUCGCUGGGCGGGUCUUCGCUGGCGACCCGCGCGCCUUCCCGGGCCACCGGGAGGUGCUGGCCUUUCUGCGUGCGUUCGCCGAGGAUUCCGGCGUCGCUCAGCACGUCAGGUUCCGCGCCGAGGUGGUGCGCGUCGCGCCGCCCCUCGGCCGUCACGGUGAAGAAGGGGAGAGAUGGAGCGUUUCGUGGCGCUGGGAGAGCGGCGAGGUGGCCGUGGAGGCCUUCGAUGCCGUCGUCGUCUGCAACGGGCACUGCACCGUGCCCCUAGUGCCCAAGCUCCGAGGAAUCGACAAAUGGCGAGGAAAACAAAUCCACAGCCACAACUACCGCAUUCCUGAACCAUUUCGAGAUCAGAUCGUUGUCGUGGUAGGAUUAGGAGCCAGCGGAGUCGACAUUGCUAGAGAGAUCUCUCAAGUGGCCAAGGAAGUGCACAUCGCGUCAAGAAACAACGAACACAGGCUGGGAAAGAUUGACCUCUACCCCAAUGUUUGGAUGCACGCCGAGGUGGACUGCAUCCAAGAUGAUGUCCAGGUGCGCUUCGCUGAAGGUGCAACAGUGGAAGCAGACACGAUCCUCUACUGCACAGGGUACCAUUACUACUUCCCGUUCUUGGACCUGGACGAGCUCACCGUCGACGAGGACAACAGUGUCAGGCCUCUGUACAAGCACGUCUUCCCCCCAAAAUACGCGCCCAAUCUCUCCUUCGUCGGACUGCCUUCCAAGACCAUCAUCUUCCAGUCUUUCGAGCUCGAGUCCAAGUGGGUGGCGCGCACUCUGUCAGGGAGAGCGGCGCUGCCGAGCAAGGAGGGCAUGCUAGCCGCCGUGCAAGAGCAUUAUCGACAGAUGGAGGAGAGUGGGAAGCCCCGGCGCCACACACACGUCCUCAUGCCUGAAUGGGUGGAUCACAUGAACUGGUUGGCGGCGGAGGUUGGCGAGCCGCGGAUGGAGGCGCAGAGACAGGCGAUGUACGAGAGAGCUGUGGAGUGCAUCUGGUCUCUGGAUGGGGGAUACAGGGAUAGGUGGUGUGAGGACACUGCAUUGUAAAGAUCAAAUGUGCCCAUGCUUAUUAUUUUUUUUGAAAAGAAAAUGUGCCCAUGCUUAUUGCUAACUAGUUGUGCUGUAACUCUGAAAAAAAGCUAGUCCUGAUGUAAUCGUCUCGUCAUUUAGGAA